CGGAAACGCAACAACCGCAGGGGCUGGAACCUGCAUAAGGCCUCCAAAAUGCUGAAAGCGACGCUCGAAUGGCGCUUGGAGUACAAACCACACCUCAUAAAAUGGGAGGAAGUGCAGUCAGAGUCAUCAUCUGGAAAGCUAUGGGUCUACCAUGUCCAAGACAAGGCUGGGCGACCCAUUGUCAUGAUGAGACCACGCAACCAAAACACAAAGGAGACGGAAAAGCAAAUCCGGCAUCUGAUCUACAUCUUGGAGGUCGCCUCUCGAAUGGCGGAUAAAAAUGGCGCGGGAAAAUUUACCUGGUUACUUGACUUCAACGGCUACACGAUGCACAACGCCCCACCCCUCAAAGUCAGUCUACACUGCAACUCCAUUCUGGCCAACCACUACCCGGAACGACUCGGGCUGGCGUGCUGCUACCACGCCCCCAUGCUGUUCUCCAUGACGUGGAAGGCAGUCCAGCCUUUCAUCGAUCCGGUCACGAAGGAGAAGAUAAUUUUUGUGGACAAGGGCGCACAUGAGCGGGAGCAAAUGGUCACCAGGUUCGACAUUGAUCAAGUGGAGCAGUGCAUGGGCGGCAACCUGCCGGGAUGCGCGUACGACCAUGGGAAGUACGGCAGCCGGAUGCACGAGUACGACAAGGAGGUUGCG